GAUCCAUCAGAUCUACAGGCCUUCUUUUGUGAAGUGCAAAAAUUCCACUUGAAUGGUGUCUUUGAGCCAUUUUGGCGGGACUGGGUGCUUACAGAUCCCUCCUGUUUCUUCACACCUGAGACACUCCAUGUCUAUUAUGAGCCUCUUCUUAUAACCCCACCUUGCGCUUCUCCUGCGCUUCGCACCGCUUAA